GACAUUGCCGAUGCUCAGGAUUCCCCCAGCGAGCAUAUCGAAUUUCCAGAACCUGAGCAAAAGCGACCAAAGAUAGCCAAAAAGCGAACGAGCAAACCAUCUCCAAGAGAAACCAGGUCUGCCACGAAGAAGCCUGGUCAAAAGAAGUCGCCACCCAAACGCAAGACUAAGCGUGCCUCGAAGCCCACAAAGCAAGCUGCACCUCUUGUACCUGUAAUUCCAAGUGACGGAGUAAUACCUAAGUGGCAUACUCUCCCCUACGAGAUUCUGUUACAAAUUUUCAGUUAUGCUUUCGCUGCCGAGCUUGAGCACGAAACAGGUGGUGUUGCAAGCCGAAGAGUCCAUCAUCCGAACACAUGGAUUAUGAGAACCGCUCGAAAGGUCUGUCGAGCUUUCUCAGAGCCAGCUUUGACAGCUUUCUACAGAGCUCCAAAUCUUCUGGCAUCCCGAUGGCUUGAAGACUUUUCUACCAUCAUCAAGCAACCUAAUGAUCAGCACUUGUACUCGUAUAAUAUGAAAGUCACGAGCUUGGAAGUGUCUGCUCGCAAUCUGGAAUCCUUUGCCAGAGUGUCUACAUCAUCUUUUGCUGAGACUGUGUCAAAGUUACCACGACUUUCUUCAUUGAUUAUCACGCAUCAGCUGGACGAACCACCAUUCGAGUUCGAAGGUCGAUUUCCUCGAUGGAAGUAUCCUCAGGAACUUUUCGAAGCGCUCGAUUGCAACAACAAUCACCUUGAAUCUUGGAGAUGGAACAUACAUUUCGCAGAGCAGCAAGAUGGAAAGGCAGAAUUUACUGAGUUCUUAGCUCAAGUCCACAAGAGACCUUCUUUCCAAAGCCUGCGUCACCUGACCAUCUCGCAUCUCCCACCCAAGACAGGAACACUAGAUAUUGAGGAGGAGACCGCUGCAGAUCUCGCUUUCGGCAAGGUGUUUGCUGAUCUACCCAACCUGGAAACUUUGUCUUUCGAAAGCUGUGAUCGUAUGUCUGAACACAUCUUGCUCCAGCUACCACGUAACCUUAGGAUUGUCAAAUUCAUCAACUGUAUGCUUCUCGAUUCGGACAUGCUGAGCACAUACUUGAACAGCCAUGGUCAUUCGAUUAAGGAGCUGGUUCUUGAUCACAACCCUUUCCUCGACCUUGCAUUCUUUACAGGCUUGCGCACGUCUUGUCCACAGCUCAAGUCGUUGAAGAUGGAUUUGUAUGAUCACAGAGAGAAUCAUUUUCGCCAUUUCGGAGAGCCAAAAUACGAAAACCUGCUACUCGAGGACGAAAUCCCAACCUGGCCGUCCACUCUCCAAACCCUGGAGCUUGUUCAUUUGCAGAAGUGGGGUGCUAAUGCUGCACAAAAUCUCUUCCGAUCGCUAGUAGAAUCUGCUGAAAACCUACCCGACCUUCGCAGGCUAGUUCUGCAAGCUCACAUCAACAUAUCAUGGCGAGACAGAGCAGCAUUCAGAGACCAGUGGAUCGAACGUCUACGCCGAGUAUAUCAGCGUUAUCCUCAAGACCCUGAUCCAAAGCUCGCGUCCCUCAGAGCUUUCAGAGAGUGGAAAGACGUCCAGGCUGCUAAUGCUGCAGCAAAACUACGUCGCUCGCUGAGCCAUGUCGAAAUCAUUGUUCGCAAACCUUCGUUGACUUCUCAAACUUCACAGGCCUCAGAUGACGAGCCUCUGGCCAAACGUCGCGCUAGACUGACGAACAAGUCUCGUGGUCGCCGCAAGCGUGGUCGCAGAGGCUCUGAUGCCAUAUCGGUCGCUUCUGACGACAGCAACAAAGAGGGCGAAGAAUGGCGGCACACGCCUGAGCGUUUUAUCCAGGGACUCUGCAACGUUGUCGACGUUCGAAUUGACAACCAGCGGCCACGUGAGGAGCAGUUCAACGAGUCGCACUUCCUGGACUCUGAGGCCAGUGGUGAUGAGGAAUGGACAGAGGGUGCAGAAGCCGAUGAGGAUGGCUAUGCUUGGUAG